AUGGAGCUCGACUAUGUCUAUGCUCGACAACUCGUGCACGCGUACUUUGUCAUGCUGACAGUAGGGUGCAAGCGCGACGACUGCACGAAUGAGAACUGCUGCUCCAAUCCACAGUCUCCGCAACUCACAGCGACCGAAGCCGCCAUCAAAAGUGUUUACUUCGCGACUCAAGCCCCAGAAGAGCUUCAUCCAGAGACUUCUGAAGCGGAAGUGCCGAAGUUUCAGCAGCCUGAAAUCAUCACAACCGAGUCCUCUGCUACAGCUGAAGCCUCGGCUCGCAAAUCGACGCCACGGCGACGGCUUUCCGUUGCGGUGAAGCUGGACAACGGCCUAAACAAGGGCCGGGAAUCGCCAGCAAAGAGGCCCACCAUCAUCACCCGCGUAGCUGUUCAGCCGAAGCACAAGUUGACCAUUGACCCCGCCACGAGCUUGGUGAAGGAUGAUGUCAGACAGCGACGGCUUAGUCGACCGAAGGAGAAGCUCUUCGACGCUAUCAAGAGGAGCUUCUCGCGCACCAAGAAGGCACCACUGGGCUCUGCGUAA